CCGGGCUCACGAUAGUAUCAGGUCUGCAUGUGGAGACUGUGUCUUACAAUCGAAGGCGCAAGCGCACAGGGACAGAUAAGGGUCCUCCCUAGGACUCCGGAUAAGAAAGUCGGGGAUCAAGAGAGAAAAAAACGCAGGCAAAGAGCCAGGAGAGAGUCGUGCAAUGCGGUGCAAAUCCGAAUGGGAGAAAAAAAUUAUUAUCGCAAAAUGGAAGGCGCCCUGUAGCGAUACGAGGGAGCGAAAGUCGAGGUUGAAAUCGAGUGAAGAUGCGGCUUUCUGGUUCGUGGGCUUGGAGCGGUGUCGACACGAGGAAUGGCGGGCUGUUGAGGUUUAAAAGAGGCACGUAGAAAAAGGAAGAAACAGUUUUGGCAGUGCGCCGCUAUUGGAGGCCAGCCGCAAGUGGGUGUUUUUUUCCACGCGGCACUCGCUAGCGGGGGUUUGGCUAGUGCAGCGCGCGAUUCUGGGUGGCCAGCACUGUGAGUGCGCUGGACUGCACAGUAAACUCAGCACUGCGUAGGCAAGUAGGCAAAGGGCUCCCUGCGGUGACGGCAUGCGCGUGGCUCCAUCUGCAUCUCUCUGCGCUUAUCUUGAGGGCAAGUCCGGGGGAUUCUGGCUCUCAGAUGUAUACGGCGCCGCAGCCCUGGGUUGGUGCUACUUACUGCUCGCAACGUCGUGGCACCGUACCAGGCCAGAUGCUGCAAAGACUACAGAUGCUCACAGUGGCUUCACAACCAAACGUGCAAACGCCAUUCGUUUUCGCACUGUCCUCUAUUUGGCAGAGGCGAGCCCUUGUCUACAUUCAAUCCAGCAGCAGCAGCAGUACCUGAUGGGCACACUGACACAGUCGGUGCAUACAAGGCCGCUGCUUCUCCAGCCUUCCAACCUGCCCGUCUGUUCCCCAACAAUCUCUGUCACCAGAACUAGCCCCGGCCCCGGCCCUCCGAGUGCCUGGGACUCAGACGGGGACCGCGGGUUUGCCGAUCUGACAGCAGCUGUCUUCCAUCCAACUCCAGCGUCAGCCGAGUCUCUUGAACUCAGCAACUCGGGUCUCGAGUCACUAAUCAUGGGUGCAGUCACUGUCCUGCAGCGGAAAACUACACACGGAGUACGCAGAUUGUACGUACCUGAGUCGCUCUCCCCUUUUGGACCCGUGACCCCACAGCCACCAGCCGUACUAUUAGAGAUAGGCCGUUUAAACUUCUACCCGCGCCUUCACGCGCAGAGGUAAACAAAACACGCGGCAAAAUAUGCUUCAUACGUUUUCCAUGGCAUAUCCCAACCCUAAUUCUUACUCGAAAAAACUGCAUAGCAGCUGGGGCCCCACAUCCACGCUGUUCCUCUUCAGUAGCGUAACAUUCAUUAUUGAACCAUUUCUUCUGUUGACCUGUAAUACUGUACCAGUAGCACCGGCAGAAUCGCCCAGAAGCUCCAACCUCAACGCUUCUUCCCGGGUUUCAGGAACACCCGCUCUUCAACCCGCAAGUACCUACGCGCUACCUCGUGCCGCUAGUAUAAUCACACCAUAAUGUCCGUAUUUACCCCGUACCUGCUUGUGCUUGGAACAGCCAAGCGAAGCUCGCUCCUCUACGUGUUUUCCAUGAUAUCCCCAACGAAAAUCAACAACCUUGAACCCCUCUUGCUCACAGCCACACUGGAAAGCAAAUGCCCAGAUUCCACUUCAUGAAACGCCGCAGCCUAAAUAUCGUCACAGAAACGAGAUAAUGCUCGUCUGUAAAAAUACUGGCAUUGCUGCUGUUGUAUGACCGAUGCGGGCGUGUGCCAGCGGCGUGUGCCUUGCAGCAAGGUUCAGGUGAUCCGGCUGCAAGCUUGUCCAAAAGUCAUGGCCAUCGAUCUUACAUACAUGAAGUGAAAAAGUUUAAAAAUAAACAGGCCAAGCUUCUCUUUGCUUUGGAAUUGACUUUUUUUCAUAUUCAUGCACUUUGCCAGGGGCAGUCUACGCCGCUGCCGAACUGUAUUAAGCCACUUACAGCUACUCGAUAGCCAUCUUGGGGCAUUUCCUGUGUCUCUGUCUACGUGUACCUGCAUAUAGGUAGGUUUGAGCCUCUUGGAUAUCAUUUCAUCUCUUCCUAGUGAAAGCCUCCGGAGAAAUUAUAGUUUGACUACCUGCUAGUACCUACAUAAAACAACUUGUUUCAUACAGGUACCUAAGUAGAUAGACACUACUGAGUAGUUCGUCGCACUGUAAGCCUUGUAGAUGUCGUCUCAUACGCACCUAGGUAGGCGCACUUUCCUCUGUGUAGUCUAUAAUCGAUGAUCUACGACUAAAGUUGACAAACUUCUUCAUUAUAAAGGCCUAUGACAUGAUAAGAUGGCUGAUGUUUCAGAAAAAUAC